AUGCUCAUCUUUGCUGUCCACGCGCUGACCUUCGCCGUGGGAUUUCCUGCCAGUGUCUUCACCUUCCUCACCCUCCUCAUCAAAAUCUGGUGUCACCGUCCUCAUCCCCACCUCACUGCUGCCGACCUCCUCCUUCUCAACCUCAUCACUGCCGACCUCCUUGUCCUCCUCUUCCUCCCCUUCAAGAUGGCCGAAGAGGCAGCCAUGAUGGUGUGGCCCUUCCCCACAGCGCUCUGCCCCAUAGCAAACUUCUGCUUCUACUCCAGCAUCUACCUCAGCACUCUCUUUAUGGCUGCCCUCAGUGUGGAGCGCUACUUUGGGGUCGUGUUCCCGCACCGCUACAACCGGCGCCGGAGGUUAUGGCGGACGAUGGCUGCCAGCGCUGUCCUUUCAGUGAUGGCAUUGUCCCAUUGUUCCAUCCUUUUUGUGGCAGAAUAUCACAGAGAGUUUGGGAUCAAUGGGUCUGAGGCUGAUGGGGAAGGUGGUUUGGGAGUGAAUGUGACCAAGACCAGGGAAUCCGGGAUCCGCAGGAUCUCCAGCCCCAACACCAACUGCAACAUCUCCAGCCUCAAAUCCUCUGCCUGCACAACCCCAAACACACCCCACAUCCCCACCGCCACCCCGCGGACUUCCCAGAAUGCCUCUGAGACCCAACCAAGCCUGGGCUACCACUGCUACUAUGACUUCUCUCAAGCCCAGCUGCACUUUGUCCUCCCACUGCGCCUUUCUCUCUUCCUCAUCCUCUUCCUCAUCCCCUCUGCCAUCACCAUGUUCUGCUACAUCCGCCUCAUCCGUGCCCUCCUCACUCGACCCCAAAUCCCGCUGCAGAAGAAGUACCGCACUGUGGGGCUGGCUGUGGUCACCAUGGUCAACUUUGGGGUCUGCUUUGGACCCUUCAACAUCUCGCAUGUGGUGGGCUUCGUGCAGCAGCGCAGCCCUGAGUGGAGGCCCUACGCUUUGCUCCUCACCACCCUCAGCGCUGCGCUCGACCCCUUCAUCUUCUAUUUCUCCUCCAGUGCAGUGCGGAGGGCGGUCAGUGGGGUGGUGGGAGCAAUUCGGGGCACAAUGUGUGGGUUUUGGGGUUGGUGUUGGCAGAGACAAUGAGCCCCAACCUGGAGGAGGUUAUGGGGUAAAUGAGGUUCUUGUGAUUGGAGUGGGUUUAAUGGGGUAGGAGGUCAGAAAUGGGGAUGCUUCCAGAUUCCUU